CGCAGCCGGUAACCAGAGGAGGGGGGACCACGGUCGGACGGAAUGGACCGCACAGGCUAGGCUAGCCUACAGCAAGGCCGAAACACCUCGGUCUUUAGAUUUAUAAAAGAAAGCUAUAUAUAUCACCGAGUAAAAACGAGAGUAGCACCAGAAGGAGCCGACUUUUUGCGUAGGCCAGACCCCCUCCUCUCUGUCUCCGCCGUCAGUCUGCAGCCUAUUCACAGACCUAUCAAGCAGACCUCACUUAGAAACGGUGGUUGAGAUAUAUAUUUACUAAUAUUCGGUGUGUUUUAGCCGGCUGACGGAUAAAACGCCGCGUCCUGCCGGUUUCCUGCGCCCGGUUCGCCCUUCAGCAGCGCCGCCGCGUCCCCGCUGUUCCUGUCAGCUGCUGCGCAUCAGCAAAACAUGCAGGAUGAGCCUGUGGGGGUGACAACCACGCAGAUCCCCCCGUCAACCACCGAGGAGAAGGACAGCAGCAGCUCGGUCAGCAAAUCCGGGAACCAAACCGACAGCCAGCCGAGCGCAUUCACUCCGGAUUAUAACCAUCUGAACCAGAAGAUAGCUUUCCCCGAUUUCCAUCGAGAUCAUUUCUGCCCUGCGCAGUCUCUCUGUGACCUUCAGCACAGCCGAAAAAUACAUCAGCAGUUCAGUCAGCACGCUGAGUUUAGCCCCACAGAGUCGCCCCCACCCCAGAGACACUUCAGUCACCUGCCGCAGAGGCAGCCGGAGCACCGCGCUGCUGACCCCUGCGGCUCUCCAGCGGAACAAGCCGAUGCUGCGUCGCCGUCGCCCACUUCUGUAAACCCAAACAAGAUCCAAAUGGACUCCCCCAUCGCCCACCAUAUAAAUAACGGCAAUGGCAGCAGCAGCAGCAGCACCGGCAACAUGUUGUCCGGAGGUCUCAGCGCCGCUUUCCCGAACCUCCCCACCCAGGAGCUGCAGAGCGCCAGCGUAGGCUCGUCUUCACCCUCCAUACCGGGUUUCGGCACCCCGUGGUCCGUGCAGACCAGCUCCUCGCCCCCUCCCGCACCCAUCAACCCCAUCCACGCCAACGCCAUUAACCAGAUGCCCAGCACGGACUCUGACAACAGCUUCUACCCAGGUAUCCCCUCCUCCAUCAACCCGGCCUUCUUCCAGAGUUUCUCGCCAGUGUCGGCUAAUCCGUGCGCCGGGAUUAAUGUGCAGGGCUUCAGCGGUCCUUUCUCGCCCCAGAUAAACGUCCCUCAGCAGGCGCAGAGUCGCAGGUCCCCGGUCAGUCCCCAGAUGCAUCCGCAGCAGGGCGCCUUCCUGCAGCAAAGGAACAACUACAACCAACAUCAGCCCAUGGUGAAGCAGUCUCCCUGGGGCAGUCACCAGGGGAACGGCUGGGGCUCCGGGGGGAUGUCCUGGGGCCGGGACCACCGCAGAGGGAGUGGCAUGGGCGUACCUGGCUCAGUCAGUCACGUCUCGCCCCUGAAGAAGCCGUUCUCCAGCAACAUCAUCGCUCCUCCCAAGUUCCCACGCUCAGGCGGAUCACUGGGGCCUAAAUCCUGGAUAGAGGAGAACAUGUUUCGCACAGACAGCAACAGCAACACCUUGUUGCCCCUGCAGGACCGCACCAGAAUGUACGACAGUCUGAACAUGCACUCCCUGGAGAGCUCUCUGAUCGACAUCAUGCGAGCCGAGCACGAUCCGAUGAAAGGCCGUGUGGGAUGCCCUAACCCCGGGGCUGAUGGCCUACUCAUGCUCAAUGCCAGGAGCUAUGGGAGACGUCGAGGCCGCUCCUCUCUCUUCCCUAUCGAUGACAAUCUCCUCGAUGACGGCCACGGCAACCAGGGUGUCCCAGGAGUCCUCGGCUCCCCCAACUGUUACCCCCACCAAAACGGGGAACGCAUCGAGCGCUUCUCCCGCAAGGUGUUCGUGGGAGGUUUGCCCCCCGACAUAGAUGAAGAUGAAAUAACGUCAAGCUUCCGUCGCUUUGGUCACCUGGUGGUGGACUGGCCUCACAAAGCAGAGAGCAAAUCCUACUUUCCACCUAAAGGAUACGCAUUCCUGCUGUUCCAGGAGGAGAGCUCGGUGCAGGCUCUGAUUGAAGCCUGCAUGGAGGAGGACGGGAAGCUCUACCUGUGUGUCUCCAGCCCCACCAUCAAGGACAAACCUGUGCAAAUUCGACCCUGGAACCUGAGCGACAGUGAUUUUGUGAUGGACGGAUCUCAGCCCCUCGAUCCCCGCAAGACCAUCUUUGUGGGAGGCGUCCCUCGCCCCCUGAGAGCAAUCGAGCUGGCCAUGAUUAUGGAUCGUCUGUAUGGCGGAGUGUGCUACGCGGGCAUUGACACCGAUCCGGAGCUGAAGUACCCGAAGGGUGCGGGGCGUGUGGCCUUCUCCAAUCAGCAGAGUUACAUCGCUGCCAUCAGCGCAAGAUUCGUGCAGCUGCAGCACGGAGACAUUGACAAGCGGGUGGAGGUGAAGCCCUAUGUCCUGGAUGAUCAGCUUUGUGAUGAGUGUCAGGGUGCACGCUGCGGAGGGAAAUUCGCCCCCUUCUUCUGUGCUAACGUCACCUGUCUGCAGUACUACUGCGAGUUCUGCUGGGCCAACAUCCACUCCCGCGCCGGACGAGAGUUUCACAAGCCGCUGGUCAAAGAGGGAGCCGACCGCCCGCGUCAGAUUCACUUCCGCUGGAACUAGAGGUGCGACCGCAGCCGAGGCGACACAGUCAGAGGGGAGGGGAAUGAAACACUGGCUAACAGGAAAAAGAGCAUCGCUCUGCCUCUCCUGCUCUCCUAAGCUAUCAGUAUAAUCGAGUAUGUAACACUAUACAGUAUAUACUAUAUAUAUCUAUAUAUCUUUUGUAGCAGCCAAACACCACAAGCCUCAGUUUUUCACCAAAACCCCCCUCACAUCUCAGGCUGACAACUCUACAACUCUUUUGUGGUACUUUCAUCUUUUCUAAGAGGAGAUUUAAAAAAAAGAGAUUGAUUUUUGUAGGUUUUUUUAUUAUUAUUAUUUUUGUAUGUGAGAUUUAAAGUAGAUAUGGGAAUGUUUUUUGCAUGGGGGCAGCUUGUCUGUCUGUUUGUCUGCUGCUAGCCACCCCAACAGUGCGUGUAGUGCACACUUGUUUCUGGGAAAUCCUUGAUUCUCUAAAUGUCGACGCCGGCCCCAGGUCAUUAACCAAAGGUAGCAAAAAGAUAGGAAGCAUAAAAAUUGACACAUUUUCUGCCGCGAAACAAAACGGUUGUUUUUUAACGUUGCCAUGGGCUCUUUCUCCUUGUUAGAGAGUUUAUGAAAAACAAAAAGGCGAUAGGGUUGUUUCUGCGCUCAUACCGACCCGUAGAGUGAUACCUCAAAAUACUAAAUCUGGUUUCUGCUAAAUGUAUUCAACAUUUAUACUUAACAAGCUAUUUUAGAAGCUUCGCUGCUAUAUAUACAUAUAUAUGAAUAGAUGUGUAGGUAUUAUAUUUAAUGCCAUUUAUAAAGCAGAAUCAUGUAAAAUGAAAUGCAGUAUGCACUCAACCACUAAUGGCCCCCAUUGCCAUGGAAAGUGCAUGUUCUGACAAUAGGCUUAGCUACACAAAUAGCAUGCAGGAAAAACACUGAGAAAAAAACCAAACAAAAAACAAACCACUGAAAUCAUAAUUAAAGACAAGAAAUUCUAUAGUGAGUAGCAUGACCAUCUAUUUCAGAUGCCUACGAGGGAAAAAAAAAUCAGACAAAGCUAAAUAAGUAUAAAAAAACAUAUUUAAACUUGCAUGCAUUGAUGUUUAUCUGUUGUUUGAUCCGUUUACAUACUUAACGAUACAAAAAGUGAUAUUGGUUCUACUGUAGACUUAGUGGACGCCAUCAUUUUGUGACACGGUGGCUUGUAUGGAAAAAAAAAAAAACUCCUGUCGAGAAGCAGAGUGGUGUUCAGUGGUUUGUGUUUGUGUCGUCCCUGUGCUGUGUGACUGUUUUUAGUCUAGACUGAGGCUCUAGUUUAGUUACCUACAGAUUAUGUCGAGGAGAAUUUAAACAUCCAAACGACUUUGCCUUCACCCUUCCUGUCUCACAUCUUUGUGUCGUUCCAAAGGUCAAUCUGAUACAGCGUCGCCCUCGUAGACCAAACAAAAGACUCGAUCAGCCCGGAAGACUCACAGCUGCAGUUGGUAACUUUUACAAAAAAUAACUUUGUCCUGUUUGCUGAAACUGUCGCUAUAUCCUGACAGUAUAUUAAUAUCUUUCAAAUAUCCAACAUGAAACUAACUUCACCGUGGUGAGGCAGCUGGUUUGACAGCGCCUGAAUGGUCACAAAAACUGGGCUGCACUCUGAUGUCCGGACAUUGAUCCUUGCAGAUCUUUGCGGACAUGGGUGGAUGAAGACAUGCAUGUAAUACAGACCAAAGUGGACCCUUGUAGAAACUAUGUAUUGGCCUUCAGAGAGUCCUCCUGGCUCUGAUUGAUUGUUUUUGUUAAGGCGUGGUGGCUUCUUGCUACCAGGAGCCAGAAAAACAGGAUCUGUCAGGGAUUAUCGGCCUCAUGUAUACUGUCAGGAGAUAACGACAGUUUGAGCCGAUUAAACAAAAGUUAUUCCCUAAAGUUACCUGCUGUAGCUUUAACUAUUUUAAGUGGACCCUUCAGAACAUGUCCACUUCUCUUAUCGAGGGGUUGAAUCGGUCAGGCUUUCAUGCCGUGAAAACCAGGGAAGCUCUGGCUCUGUUACUGAAAAAAUAAAGUGUCUCUGCAGCUCUUCAGUGCGUUUUUACCACGAGGACGAUGACACUUGGUCUCUUGGCGUGCUAAAGACGAAACUCUCCUCUCCUUGUUUGUGUUGCCACCAUGACCCCUUGAAAUACUCUAAAAAAAAAAAAACUUAUUUAGGGACAAUCUUUUUGUGAGGACGGUGGCCCUGCCGUCCGUUUGGUACUGUACAAGUGUGUCGCUCUCGUGUCGUCGUGGUUUUUGUGUUCCACGCCCCGGUGUGUGCUCCUCUGUAUCGGUGUUCAGGCGUCAAGUGUGAACUGUUACAAAACCAUUAUGAAACUCCCAAGUUUUAUUUACUUAUAGUUGAGUCAUUUAAUUUGUGUCAACUACUUACCCAUCACUGGCCCUUCGACGUGUUUUUAUAUAUAUUAUGCACUACUUUUCUAUCUCCCCGCUCGUUUUAUUUCUUAUCCGCCCCCCUUAAGUGAUUUCAGUGUGGAUCCUCUGAAACCUCCACCUAUUUAUAAUUCUACAGAUGAUUUAUUAAAUUUUUAUUUUUUCAUGAUUACUUAUUUAAGAUGUAGCGUGAAGCAGUGGUCUUAAGUUAUCUAUGUUCUGUAUGAGUAGAGCAGGAAUCCAAUAUUUUCUAAUAUAUUCUAAUGUAGUCUGGAUGUUGUGCGGACGGGGAGUCAGAGCGGCGUUUGACGUGAUCGAAGUUAAAGAACGAGCUCCCGUCGUCCGGCCUGUGGCUUUAGUUCUCAUGAACAUGUUUGAAUAUCGUCACCUGUAACACUUGACUCGUGCUGUUUUUUGUGAGGUUCUAUUUUCUAUGUUGAACACUGUUACUUUGUUCUGUAUGUGUCUUUGUUUUUGUAUAAAUCAUAUUUAUUUCACUAUUUUUGUAGACAAAAAAAACAAAAACUAUUUGAUUUUGAUUGUAUUUUUCUAUUUAAAUAGGACUAUUAUCCAAUUUAUUUCCCCCCUUGUGCUAAUUAUGUCCAAAAGUUCUGUUCAAAGACAAAGAAUCAUGUCAUCAGUAACAACAUCAAAGUUUUUUGAUAUACAGUUGACUCUUAUUUUGAUACACAUGACACAUUUCAUUUGAAGGAAGGAAAACAUGAAGGUUUUAUUAUAUUCUUGGAAGACACUUGAGAUUCUCCCCUGUUGCAUCGAGGCCCCAGCUGCCUGUCCUCGUAGAUGCUCUGAAACUUGAAUAUAACACAUUUUGAAAGGCUGACUAACCUCGAAUCUGUGUUGUGACGUGCAAUACUGUUUCUAAUGUUUGUAUAAAAGUAAGAACUACAGUGUAAACCUUUUUAAUGCAGAUUUAUUUUUUUCAUUGCAUAUUUUGCAGAUUUCUGAUCCACAGUGUCAUUUUUUACUGUCAGAAAAAAAAAUAAACCCCGUUUUUUCAUUGCAACUAUUUUUAAAUCCAGAUAUCUUUGUACUGAUGUAAAUGAUUGUAGUUAUUUUGGAUAGUGUUUUGCUAACAAAAGGAGAGACUUUUUCAUGCAUAUUUCUAUUUCAUUUCAUCUUGUUUUAUCCCACGUUUUUAUUUCGUUUAAUAGUAGCAGAGUUCUUGGAAUAAUUUUUCAUAUUUAAAUGUCAUUGUUAUUAUUUUGUAUUUUUAUGUGGAAAUACACUAUAUAUAAAUUUAAGAUGCUAAUUGCUAAGAUAUUAUUUUGAGUUUAAUUAUUUUUAAAGCUAAAUAUUUGUAAUUUUAUUGUUAAAGUGACUAAUUUCUAAAUCAGAGUUUGUGUAUAGAUUCACAAAAGUGGUUUAUGGGGUGUUUGGAUUGUAAUUAUUACUGAAUGGUUCUUUGAUAUGCAAAAUGAAUAUCAUGUUUAUUUUUAUUUUUGUUGGUUUUGUAUUUAAAUGGGGUGUUGAUUACAAUCUUUUUUUUCUUUCACUUCCUGAAUAAAGACCCAUUCUGUUUGGACACAACA